AGAGGCUCCAUGGAGCUCUCUGGCCCAGCACAAGAUUCCCGAAUUGUCCGGGUGUGGCACAGCUAUCACCGGCAACGUCCAACUGCGUAUUCGGUGGCCCGGGAGAAGGAGCGAGCUUCCCCGGAACAAUAAGAUGCCCACUCAGUAAAAUGCUGACUGAUCGAUCAAUCACUCGCAGCAAGUCCGAGGCAAAACGUGGAACGGCGAAAGUUGGCUCCAUUUCCGGACGUCAUGUCCAACGGCUGCUAGAAUAUCUUACAUUACGGUGGCAUCGUUACAGAGGUGAGGGUCUAUCACGGUGACAGUCCUACGGAGUACCUGCUGUUUAAAGUUUCAAAGACUUGAGAAAGAGCCGAAAUCGACGGCCAGGUGGCAAGUGGCAGAUGGCAGGCGGUACCUGCGUGGGACGCUGAGCCCUAAAGUUCUCAGGUCGGUUGUGUGACAAGAAUCGAGGUGGUUCUUUGGGUGGGUGUAACGUUGUCUUACACGCCAUUGGCUGGAAGAGGAGCAACCUGCUGCACAGGCCACAUCUGCUUCACCUGAAGUGGGGGGUCCAGAAUCGCUCUUGCUUCACCAUCAGAACCCAGAACCCUCUUCGCGGUAUUUUCUGCCAGGUGCUUCGUAAUGGUCCUUCCCUUUCGAGCCCAUUCCUCACCGCUCCAUAUCACGACAAUGUGACCGGGAAAAGAGGCCUGGCAAAUUGGUCGAUAAACAGGAAUCCACAUGCAGCUUCCCACGUCCUCCUGCAGAUCGGCCGCCGUUGACGACCCUCACCUUCACUCAUCCUCCCAUCCGCAGCCCCGUCAUGGAUGAUGCCUUGUUUUCAAGAUCGCCUCGAGAUCAUCUUCUAGGCUCAUGCCUUUGGCCCGGAACGAUGCGAGCAUGAACAAUGCCAGCAGCCGAACUCGUCAUCUCAGAAACACGGCCGGCUCUGCCCUCCCGGCACUUGGUUUCCUAACACCAGGAACGCUCACGGUCUUGGCUAGACCCGCCGUACUCGGGCUUCCGGGAGAGGAGCCGAUCCCGCAUCGCACUUUGUUUCCAGGGCCAAGAUUUACCGUCUUGCCCGCUUUCGUCACUUCAGGGGGGGUUAUCACACGCUCUCUCCUUCUCACCCCUCCAUGACGGGUCUGGCGGUCAGUCUGUGAUGACUGAACUGAUGAGGGGCAUUCACACCCUCCAACGGCCGGAGAAUCAAACGCAGAUCCAACCAACCAGCAAAAACCGGGAUCGAAACUGACCUAAGUUCUGCUUUCUCAGUGCCCUUUUGGCUGUCAACGGUAUACUGCUCCUACGCCGGAUCUAUUUCCAUCACAGGCGACGAUACCAAUAGCGGAUACUGAGAGGUCAAUGCGGAUGUAGUAUUCAGAGACACACACGCUCACACGCUCGUCAAUAAUGGUCGUCUUUUGCAUCCCAUUCAGUCAUCCACCAAACUCACCCACAACACCAUGCCUAUCGGAGAAUAGCGUAUGCGCACUCAACUUCUGCAAAACCGUGCGGUGCAGGGCCAAGAAAACCUAGCUCUGGCAUCCGUCUCCCCUGCAGCGGUUCGUGGCGAACGGGCUUGGUCUCCUCGCUCUCGCAUAUCGGCAAGGCACAUAUCACCACCAAAGAAGUUCCGACUCGAGUCGAAGGGAUUCCUCUACGUUCGUGAUGGCUGCUGCGGCUUGUUCGUGAAUGGUACCCUCGCUGCGUCCGCCACCCAGUCUGAUCACGGUCUCAGACAGCACAAGUCAUUGCCGCUCAAUAUCGAGACAUGAGAGAGUGUUGCGCUGCCGUGAUGAGAGUGGUUGUCGAACCAAGGUUGUUGCACUAUCGAGUGCCAACUUGGGCCUGCAACAGCUUCACUCACCGCUCUCGUAUCUUCGGCGCCACCAGGUUGCAGUCUAUCUAUCUAGGCUUGCGGCUUUCUAGAGAUCCCAAUGCACAGGAGACAUCCGGCCAUUUGAUUUUGAGGUUAUCAUGAGCAUCGGCCAGCUGCAUUGGGCAAAGAUGAUAUUGGCUCGAAAUGUGAGUUUACUGCCAUGAUGUGGAAUGCAGCUGGCCGCCAUCCGGGUUGCCGCAUGGCAUCCGUCUCAAUGGUAUUUCUAUGGUCAUUUUAAGGUUAUCUGUUCCUCUAGCCCCAUGUUGUGGAACAAAUGAAGACCAGACUGGCUUUCGUGGUCUCCCUUUCAAGGCAGUUGCAGCCACCGGCUACCGAUCCUUGUCUCCAAUUCCCCUUCGGAAGGCAUACUCAGCUCACAGUGAGGGCCAAGGGAUUGUUGUACAAAACCUCAGCAAAAACACGUUGGUCUCGUAACCCAGGUGAGACAUGGUGUCUGGCAGACGGAAGCAUUACAUGAUCAAAUAGGAUCAAAGACCAGGACUCGGUUCCUCCUCCUGCCAAAGUCCUGUACAGCAUGGUUGUGGGUAUGUUCACUUCGUGAUGCUCUUCAGCAGUCAACUGACUGUUGUCCAGAUACCAUGGGAAGAACAAAUGCCCCGCGGCUGGCAAAAGGAGUACCCUCCGACGAGGCCGUCCAGGGUGGCAAUAUUGAACACUCGUUGCAAACAUCAUGGGUCGUUCCUACCGAAUGCCUCGGGUGGGAGCAAGCGCGUUUCUGGUGGCUGCCCUUGAGCAACUCCAACGUGCAAAUCUUUUGCUCAGCCACCGCUAUCUGCCAGAGAAUUAUGGGGCGAUGGCCUUGUCGAAAACAUUGCGCUGUCGACUCAGGAGGCCAUCGACUUGUCGGAUCAGGGGGGUUGCCCGUUCGGACCAGACCGAUGAUUUGUCCAAGAGCUGGAUGCCUUCACCAAUUGCUAAGAGAAACACACCCCCAACUGUGAGAUGUUGAUCACCCGAUCCAGUAGGGAUAGUAUGGUAGGCUGCUGCUUUUCGGGAGAAGAACCGGCUUAUGGAUUCCACAACGGUGGUUCCGAAGACUGGACAUCGCUCUACGAUCAAGGCAUCUGUAGAAUCCACUUGAAGAAACGAUGACCUCGUGUCGAUUCCGAUUACCGAGAGCGGAGAUGAGCUAUCGCAAUGGUCAGUCUUCUCUGGAGCCUGGUGGAUUUGGGGCUGAAUGCUCAACCUCACCAAGGCGCUCCACCACAAUGGUUGAGGCGAGCGCCGCCGGUGGGAUUUUAAAGGAGACCAUCUAGGAUUCCCCAGACUGGAUGGCACAGACAUUACCACAAUGGCCACCAAUUCCCGGACUGGUUUAAUCACGAAGAGCUUUAUCUUACGAGCAGGACAUCAAAAUGACCUCAGUUCAGCUCGGCAGACACCAGGAAAAACGUAGGGAACUUCCGGAAGCCGAAACCUCCGAAUCGCAAUUUCACGAACCAACAGUCUCAUUGGAGCCUGGGCUGGACAAGUAGCUCACCGCUCCCUCGGGAUUCGAUCGACAUGAAUUCAACCUGGCGUGGCUAGCUGUGAUGACGGCCUCGCACGUGGCCAAGUCUUGGAACACCGGGAACUUUGAUCUCCUUUGCCAGGGCAUUGACGCCAGGAAUGUGUGUGGAAAUGGCGGCAUUCCAGUUGACUACUUGAUUGUGUCAUCUCUGCUUUGUAGGAGAUUCGAAACACGCAGUGGACAGAAUCCCUUUGGGUGUAAAGCCCUCAGAUUUGAAACACUUCUUCAUCCAGAUUGACACUAGUGUGGCAUAGAACCUGAUGCUUUUGGGAAGAUGUUAACCGACCUGAGACAUGCAGGUAAAGCCCAAGGCUAGACUGGGAUUCUUCAACAUGUUCCAACGUGCCGAAGCCAGUCAGGCCACCACCCGCCCGCCAUCCAUCUCCAUCCUUGACGACCGGUGAGAUAGUGGCUUCCAUCCAGCUGGAGUUCUACGAAACAGCGGCGUUCCCGCCCCUCCAGCAUGCAUGGCACGAAGAGGAAUUUCUGUCGAAUGGCAAGGACGGACGACAUAUGAAUAGCUUUCACUCAUUCUCCGAUUCGUACCAAGAAUCGUAUGCUCGUCAACGAUAAGAAGACCUUUCGGCGCGGAAGAUGUCUCUGGUAGGGGCAAAGUCUCGUUGUGCUCGCCAACCCCGCAUGAUCUGCACGUGGCCCGGGUGGUAUUCCGGCACCAGAAGCUCGGGUUUAGCUACCCCUUCUCUCCAACCCAACAGGGGUAUGGCCGGGAGUCAAAAGCCCGGAUUGGCCGAGAUCCUCCUUCAUCAGCUCUGCCAGUCGUGAGGCUUUAGAGUCGGUCAAUUGAUGAAAGUCCAGGAUGAGGGCUUCUUCACAACAAUUCCAUCAAGCAACAGAAACUAGGGUGUGUCCCUGCUCCAUGUCAGCACCAAGCAAAGCGUUAGCCAACAAUUCCAAUAGCGUAGGGAAGCGAUCUUCGCUCUGGUGAGCAGCCCGUAAACCUCAUCAAAAGACAUCAUGCGAGCUGAAGUCUUCCCAUCGUCAAGGAUUGCUCCGACCUUGGACAUUAUGCAUUGUCCUACACCCACCAUCAUGUUUCCUUUGCAACGCAAAGAUAUCGUGAACUGUGGAUGGAGGGGGUCAUCAGCAAUCGUGAUGCUCUUUGACUUUGAUGCUUGUUGCUUUUUUUUCAACGGGCCGGCCCCUCACUCGCUCGGUCGCUGCAAGUCAGUCCUCCUCAAUGGCAACCUCCACUGUCACUGCAACCGUCGCUUGCGUUCCCAGUUUGUCCGGAUUGGGCAGAGUUUUCAGAGCUUUGCAUUCACGAAAGAGAAACUGGCACUAUGGUCACCACCCUACCAGCCAGCCUGGAGCCGUUUGUCUUGGACGAUGGUUGCUAUCACAACACCACCACCUACAUUACAGGGUGUGAGAGGAUCACCACUUCUUCAGCAAGCAAAAGCGGGGGCUCCCCUUCACCCUUCUCCAACAGGGAUCGGGGGUAGAAAGAUUCAGGCCAAGCUGCUGAGGGGUUAGGGUCCCUUUCUCGAUUUCGACGGUCCAUGGAAGGCCAAACGGGCCAAUGAUGGAGACGAGCUGCUCGGCCUUUUUAGCCUGUCGGGCUAGUGCGACGCUGGGGAACCAGGAACCCUGGACCACGCUAUUUUCUCGGCGCUGUCAAACUCAGAUGCCAAGCCUUGUCUGUGCUCUGGCUGCUGCCAACCAUGUGGAGCGGACGGAUACGUACGUAACUGGAGUUAGAUUCUGAUGAUGCCUUCACGAGGGAAGAGUGGAGAGAUUAGCGGUUGUGGACGAAGGGGGACGGACACUGCUGGAUGACAGGAUGGGGGAUGACAUACAUGAUGAAGCAUUUCUACGACCCAAGAGGUUAUGGUAUUGUCAUCUACCACUUUCUAAGAAGGGCUCAGGUCUAUCAGGUCGAUAUAUGAGACCGAUGCUCAUCAAAACCGUUUGACCACGCCGCAGCAUUCCACAUAUACUCUAAGCUUAUCGGGCUAGUAGACGUUUUGACUUUUCUCAAAGAAAAUUGAUAUCUCGCACCCGGCUAACCCACGAGGCGUUGUCACCAGGGAAGGCCGAAAUGACACCGGCACGAACGCUACAAGUUUGUGGAUUUUUUUGGGGCUUGCUUGUUGGUUGAUUCUGCUUGUCCACUUUUGGGCGGAGCACCAGCGAGAGGAUUCGGAAAAGAAGAUUGAAGCAUGAAAGUUGGAGUGAAACUAAUGCCGCUAGCAAACGGUCUGGACGACGCCACUGUUCAAGCAGAUCCCUCUCCUUACUGUCAUCAAUCCACCUUUGCCUGCCAGCGAGGGAAGGGGGGGGUUGUAACAAUGAGGAUUUUCUCUCUGCAAGAGCAUUGACGUUUGAUUAUGCAAACACGGGCUGAAGAUGGAGUCUACAUUAGACAAGGGCAAAGACUGGAGCCAGAAACAGUAG